UCUAGCGUAUCCGCAAGGACGGUUUCUACGGCGGCGUGGAUCAUCGAGCCGCCGCCUCACAAGACCCUCGCCCUCCUGCGGCGUCCGUCCUCUGGCUGCCCUUCCAUCUGUGCGCCUCCUGCCGCAGCAGUCCACAGCUUCCCUACACCUCCUCCUACCGUCAUCUCCUCCUGACGCGGAUCGUGGAGCCGCCGCCUCACCAGCCCUUCUUGCGACGGCCGUCCUCGCCGCCCCUCCGACCGUGGGCAGUCCAUACUGCUUCCCUGCACCAGCCCAGAGGAGCCCUUCUCUACUCGUACUGCAGUGGCCUCCCCAUCGUUGUCCACCUGUGCCCUGUAGUUGAGAAGGCUGUAGUGUGUUAUCAAAGGGAGUGCAUCCUCUGAUCCUAAAAAGGCAGUGGCAAAACAGUACAGAAACGGCAAGGCCGUGGAAGAAACAAAUGUAAGAAGGUUGCAAAACUCAAGGCAGGCGAGAAAAUUAAAGUAGUGUUCUACAACAAUCGGGCUUUAUCUAAAACAUUCCCAAGGCAGUUGGGUAGAAUAGUCCGUGAUUCUAACAUUACUCCAAUUAGAGUGAAGAAAUGGACUGAUAUAAGUCCAGCAGCUCAAAAACAUAUUUUUGAUGCAAUUAAGGACAAGUUUGAAAAUGCAAAUCCGGAUAUUGAAAUUGAUGUAUACAAAGCUGAGAUCAUGGAGCACGCUAGAGAUCUAUGGAAUAAUUGGCGUGGAGACUUGAAUCGGCAAUUUGUUAAGCCAGCAAGGAAUAUGCAGCAAGCUAUUAAGAAUUGCCCUAAAGGGAUUAAACAACCUGAUUGGGAGUGGCUUGUCAAGGAACAUUUCUACAGCAAGGAUUUCAUAGAUAGGAGCAAGAGAAACUCCAAAAAUAGAUCCAACUUGAAAAUUCUUCAUCACAGUGGUAGCAAACCAUACAGACAGAUCAUAUGGGACAAUGGUGGCAAGGAAAACAAUCCUCCAACUUUGGAUAAAUUAUUUUCUCUCACUCAUAUGAAGGAUGGCACCUUUGUGGAUUCUGAAACCUCUACCAAGCACGCAGAGAUUGAGGUGGAAAGGCUAUUGAACCCUACCCUUUCCAAUUGCCCUGUGAUCAUUGCUGCUCCGUUCAGCACGUGCCCUGUACUGAUCAAUAGGCCUGCUGUCAUCUCUGCUCCUUCCAGCAAAUAUCCUAUCUUCAUCAACAACCCUAUAGUCAUCUCUAAUGAAGGUGGCUGCAACACAUAA